AUGGCAACAAUUCUUGAUGAGUGUUGCAGAGAUCACAAGGCUGUGCAAGCUGCUAAAGUUCGAUGGCUGGAAGAUGGAAAUGCUGUGCUUAGGGAACGGGAAUUGAUCUAUGAAAGCACAACAGAGGGGGAGGACAAACCAGCUGAGAUACCAGUUGCGAGGUCACAAACUCCACCAGUGAUCCAUCCCUCCCAUGAACCAGUGAUUGACGAUGGUCCAAUUGAGCCUGACAUACCUCAAGCUGCAGGUGAAACCAAAUAUGUUACUAUGGAGCCUGAUUCAUAUGGCCUUUUUCGCUCAUAUCCCAAUCACUUUCCCACCUAUAAUCCUGACAAUCUCACCUCGAUCUCACACAUAUCAGAUUUGACUCAUUUUAUCCUUACAGCAGACCAGACAGGUGCUCGACCCUGGUGGUCUGGGUUUGGCUCCUCUGCUACAUCAGUAAAAGAUAACUUCUUUGUACCAUUCCUGAACUCCACCAUCUUUCAUUUGAUGUGCUGGUUUUAUAGCGGGUCAAAUAUGAAAUCACUAGCAGAGCUCGACUAUCUCAUGAACGAGGAGGUCGACCAUCUCGACAACUACCAAGGAGAUCCUACAGAUAUCUGUUCAUCAUUCCUAAGAACGGAUGGAUGGAUAGAGAUGACAGUUACAAUUCAACUACCAGCUGAUGGUGUCCAGCACACAUUGGAAACAUCAGCACCAGAAUUUGAGGUCCCUGGACUAUUCUACCAUCGUCUGCUUGAGGUUAUCAAGUCUGCAUUUUGCGAGGCAUCUGCAGAGCACUUCCAUCUAACCCUGUUCAAAAUGUUCUUCCAACCAUCGCCCAACAAACCUAUGAAGCAUGUAUACUCCGAAAUAUACUCUUUGCAGGCUAUGCUUGAAGCACAUGAGGCCAUCAAAUCACAUCCCCCUGAUCCAAGUUGCAAGCUUGAGACUGUUGUUGCUGCUGUUAUGCUUUGGUCGGACUCAACACAUCUCGCUAGCUUUGGGAGUGCAUCAUUGUGGCCUAUAUACUUGUUCCUCAGGAAUCAAUCCAAGUACAUUCAUGGAAAACCUUCAUCCUUUGCUGCACACCAUCUAGCAUAUAUACCUCAGCUCUCCGAUACCAUUCAGGACUUUUACCGCCAUGUAUUUGGCAAGCCUGCUACAGCAGAGAUGUUGACCUCCUGCCAUCAAGAAUUGAUGCAAGCCAUACGGCUUCUUAUAAUGGACAAUGACUUCAUGCACACCUAUGAAUUUGGUAUUGUCAUCGAGUACCUUAAUGGAAUUAGUUGA